AUGGCGAUAAAUCCAGAGACUUCAGAAGUUCCUUCAGAUUGUGGAAAGCGGUUGGCUGCCCAUUAUAUACAUCAAGUUGCCAUCGAUGAUCCUCAUCGAAUAUGCAUAUCCAUACCAUUGACUUUCGAGCCACGUGAUGGAUUCGAGGACAUUACGUUCUGUCAACUCGACAAAGCCAUAGAUGUCGCCUCGAUAUGGGUUGAAGAAAAAAUUGGCAUUGGGAAAGACUACGAAUCUAUUGCCUACAUUGGUCCACAUGAUCUGCGGUAUAUAUUAUUAAUGAUAGCCGCGAUCAAAACUGGACACAAGCUUUUUGUACCAUCCCCUCGAAACAGCCUAGAGGCUCAUGUCAAAUUACUAAAAGACUACCGAUGUGAGAAUUUUUUGUUCGCGGGGGAUUCACCAUCUUCUUGCAAAAUUGUAAAUGGCAUUCAAAAUCAAAUCGAUCUUCGAACCAUAGCUGUCCCUACCUUGAAUCACUUUCUCCAUCCUUCAUUCGAUGCCCCUCAUUAUGAGUAUAGCGCAACCUAUGACGAAGCGAGGUUUCAGCCUUUCGUUGCAAUGCACACAUCUGGGACCACAGGGAUACCCAAGCCCAUUGUAAUCCCCCAAGGUGUUAUUACAGGUCUUGAUGCUUCUCAAAAAGCUUCUUCACUUUUUGGCAUUUGCACAGGUUCUGAUUACUGGCGAGGCUUACGAUGCUUCUUAACAUUCCCAUUAUUCCAUGCCGCCGGAGUGAGUAGGGUCAUGACUGCUUUGUUCUUUAAUCAAAUAGCAGUACUUCCACCCCCUGUUCCAUUAACUGCGGAGAUAGCAAAUGAGGUUCACAUGCAUGGUAACGUGCAGGCCGCGGACUUACCUCCUUCAGUGCUAGUUGAAAUCUCAAAGGUUCCUGAAUAUCUAGAUAACCUUCAUCAUCUCACCCACAUCAUGACAGGAGGUGGACCAUUGCCUAAUAGAGCUGGAGAUAUCAUCAAUUCUCAUACUCGAUUAUUUGUGAGUUUUGGAUCGACAGAGACGGGGCAUAUUCAAGGUGCUGUACCACCCAGAGAGAAUUGGGAUUACUUCGAUUUUUCCACGGCAUUCGGUGUUGAAAUGCGUCAUCACUCAGAUGAACUCUAUGAAUUCGUCAUCAUUCGUGAUCCAUCAGUAGAAGCUUAUCAGGGAAUCUUUUAUACAUUCCCCGAUCUUUUAGAAUACAAAACGCGCGACCUUUUUUCGAAGCACCCCACAACGAAAAAUCUCUGGCGUCACGAGGGCCGUUCUGAUGAUAUUAUCGUCUAUUCCACAGGAGAAAAGUUCAAUCCAAUUAGCAUGGAGAAUGCUUUGAAUUCUCACCCAGAGGUUAAAACUGCUAUAGUUUCUGGUACUAAGAAAUUUCAAUCAUCCUUAUUAAUUGAGCCAGUCGAUCCGAAGAAGUCUAGCGAGUCGCUCCUAGAUGAAAUUUGGCCGACAAUAAAAACGGCAAAUAGUAAUUGUCCCGCACACGCACGAAUAAUGGGCAAAGACUUUGUGACGUUUACCAAGAGAGAUAAACCAAUUCCUCGAGCUGGGAAAGGAACAGUGCAGCGAAAGCAAGCUGAAAAACUAUACGAGACAGAACUCAAUGAUCUUUAUGCACCGAAGAGUGCUGGGCACCACGUGAACGGAGACAACACAAAUGGAAACAACUGCGCUCCUCACGAAGCCAGCUCUGACCUAGAGAGUACAAUUCUUCAAGCCAUUUCAAGUUUAUCAGGAUUUGAGAAUUUCUCUUCAUCUGAUGAUUUCUUUGAGCAGGGUUUGGACUCUCUAGGUGUGAUAUCCUUAGCGAGAGCAUUAAAUUCAGCAUUCGGAUCCCAAAGCCCUCCGCGAAAAUCAUUACCAGAGUCAAUGAUAUAUGCAAAUCCAAGUGCAGAGAAAUUAGCACGCGCCUUAUCCGGCGCAGUCAAAAAUGAAAAUGAAAAUCAUGAUGAGAUGAAGAAAGAAUACGAACGUUUCGUGUUUGACCUACCUAUUGCUGCUCGACCACCGAUACCAGCUAAGGGGCCCAAGGUAUUUCUAUUAACUGGAUCUACUGGCUCUUUAGGCUCGUAUAUUUUGAGUACCCUACUUGAAGAAGAUAAGUCGUGCAAGAUUUAUUGCCUGAAUAGAGGCGGCGAUUCCAAGGAGCGCCAGCAUAGGUCGAACACAUCCAAGGGUCUCUCAACAGAUUUCGAGCGUGUGGAAUUCAUCAGCAUGGCGACAGGUCCUGCAGAGCCUUGGCUAGGUGUAAAACUUGCACAAUAUCAGAAGCUACUCAAUGAAGUCACGCACAUCGUCCAUAAUGCAUGGCAUGUUGACUUCAACGUAUCGCUUAGCCAAUUUUGUGCAACGCAUAUUCGUCGCAUUCGUCAAUUAAUUGAUUUCGCUGCACAUUCAAAACACGGUUGUUCCAUCCACUUUAUUUCCAGCAUUAGCACGGUUGGAAACUGGGAUGUUAAUGCUCAUAAAUCAAGCUCAUCCACUCAUAAUGACUAUCCCACACAAUCCCACCAAAAACCAGAACAAACAUCCGCGCAACCCCUCGUGCCGGAACUUCCAUUCGAAGAUUGGUCGCUUCCGCAAGGUUUAGGAUACGGACAAGCGAAAUUUAUCGCGGAGAGAUUAUUUAUCUCCGCGUGUCGUGUUUCUCACAUCCCCAUCUCCAUCUACCGCGUAGGACAAAUAGCCGGUCCGAAAAGUAGCAAAGGAAAGUGGAACGAACAAGAAUGGUUCCCGCUGAUAUUGAAAUCUUCAAAAUAUAUGAAAAUACUUCCAUCUACACUUGGGCCUCUAGAAACUAUCGAUUGGAUCCCUGUUGAUAUUCUUGGAAAAGUAAUUUAUGAACUCGUUACUACGUUGUCUUGCAAUUCGCAAUCUCAAAUAUCCGACUCCAAUCCCACCAGUACGUCUACAGAACCUACAUCUACCCCAAAAAUCUACCACCUCACCAACCCCCACCGAACAACCUACUCCCGCACCAUCCUCCCCCAUCUAAAAACCCACUUCGCGCUCCCCACAAUCCCUUUCAGCGAAUGGGUACAUCAUCUUCGAUAUACCGCUUCUACAACGAUAUCAGAUAAAGAAAUUAAUGAUAAUCCCGCUGUGAAGAUCCUUUCAUUCUAUGAGGAUUUAGUAGAGAGGGAGAAGGAGGGGAAGAAGCAGGUUUGGCUUGAUACGAGGAGAGCGGUGGAGGGGAGUAGGAUGUUGAGGGAUUUGAGGGAGGUGGAUGAGGGGUGUGUGGGGAGUUGGUUGGUGCAGUGGGGACUUCUCACAUAUCACACAUAUGCCCAAGUAAGAUUAGAAGAAAUAAAGACUUGA